GGGAAAGCGCAACCGUCCGAAAGUAGCGUGAAGGAGAAGCUUCUGGUCUCUUCCUAAUGCAAAAAAAACCUAACCAAGAAAACCACUUCUCCGUCGCUCUGAUUUUCUCCGGCGCCGCUGCCUCCAGUCUUCCGACCACAUUCCUUCCUCCUCCGCCACACGAUUCUUCUUUAUGACGGUUCUUCGGUCUCGUGAAGUUAUCCCUCCGCCACCCACUCCCAAAUCCCUAAAAUCCCCUUCCAAAACUCUCCGUCAUCCUUCUACGCCCUCUCAACAUCAUGAAAUCCAACCCCCUCACUCUCCUCCCCAUCCUUCCCCUCCUUCAUGGACCGCUUCUGUCGCUGAUUCCACUGCCUUGCCCUCCGAUGGCGUCUCCAGUCCCGGAGUUUCUCGGAGGCGGAGUUCCCGACUUGCUGCGAAAGGGCUUGGCGCUGAGCAUUCUGAUGUUGAUCACGUUUGUGAUAACUCCCCCGGAAAGAAGAUGAAAGCGGACACGAUUGAAAAUCGAGAUUUGAACCUGGCCUCUGAUGGGAAGUUGGAGGUUCGUUCAAUUUGUACUGAAUUUGAGGGUUUAGGGGUUAAUGAAGGGGCCGAGAGCUUGAAUGAACCUAGGCGGAGAAUCGAUUUUGAAUUUACAGGGUCGAAGAGGGACGAGGUUGAUGUAAACGGGAAGAGAAAAUUGAACCCCAGUAUGGAUUCGCCUGCUGGGGAAUUGGUCGAUGAAAGUCCUGAGAGUAAAGAGUGUGUCAGUUUACGUUCGGGGAAGAGAAUUUUGAAGACGAUGAAACAAGCAAUUGGUUUGGACAUUGGUACACCCCAAGGUAAUGUUGAUGGGUUAGUAGAAAAGUGGAGGGGUUUAAAGGAUAGUGACAAUGUUCCAAUUGAUCUGAAUCGAAAUGGAGGAGUUGUGAUGAAAAAGCUAAAGGAGGAGUGCUCAAGAAUUGAAGAGAAUGGUUGUACCAAUAGUAGGAAUAGGUUCAGCCGAAGAGAAAAGGGUAAAUGGAUUGUUGAUGACCAAAGUUCAAAUAGAAAUGAUACGGUUGUAUUACAUUCUGAGCGAAACAAUGAGGUGUUAAGUGAUAGUCUAGUUGAGCAUCAAAAUUAUCGGUUGGUUCGUGAAAGACCGAAGGGAAUAGUAAUUGAAGAAGGUACAACAAAGUUGUCUGGUGCAAGUUACAAUGAUGGAGGGGAUAUGGAUGCUAACGGCUAUACUGCCAUUGAAGGAGAUGCUUCAGAACAUAAUAGUGAAGGGAAAUUGAUUGCAGAAGCUCUGUUGUCUCUAUCUGAAGAAUUUAUAAUGGAUUCAGAAUCGAGAUAUAAAUAUAGUUCCAUAGAAGGUGAGGCUUCAGGCACUGCACAUCUGGCAGAUGAUGGCCCUCAGAGCAAUGACAGUCAAGAGAUGGAGUCUAGUUCGGAAGAGGAAGGUCAUUUGCAUUUUGCUGCCCCACAGAGACAGUGGAUGGCUUUAUCAGGUGACUCGUACAUAAGAAGAACAGCUAUUGAGUUUGCUCGUUAUAAUGAGGACAAUGAUAGUUUGCAGAAUGUUGAGGCUGAAGGUGAAGAUGAUAUGAAAGAUUGGCCUGGCCCCUUCUCUACUGCAAUGAAGAUUGCUAGUGACCGAGCGAACGGUGUACGAGUACGAGUUACAAAAUCUUCAGAGGAGGAGAAUGACCCUGCACCAGUUGAAUGGAUCCCUAAAAAGAAAAUGUGUCGUAGCCGGUUCCAGUCUUUGCCUCCCUCAUUGGGAGAUUUGUGCUUAAGGGUUCUUGCUGAAAAUGCCGAUUCAAUUUCUUCACUGGAUUUUGUCCCAGAUACUUUCAGGCAUAAGCUUAGUUGGCUACUUUGUGAUUCUCGAAAAAUGAACAGUUGUUUUUUGAAUCUUCUUCUCUGUGGUUCCCCAACUGAAGUCUGUAUAAGGGACUGCUCUUGGCUGGGUGAAGAGGAGUUUGUGAAAUCUUUUCAAGGGUGUGACACUAGCAAAUUAAUGAUACUCCAGCUUGACCAAUGUGGACGUAGUAUCUUAGAUUUUGUUGUAUUAUCUACAUUGGCUCGGUCAUCAAAUAGCUUACCUGCCCUGAGGUCGUUAUCCCUAACUGGUGCAUGUCGUCUUUCUGACGUUGGUAUCGCUGCACUUGUAUGUUCUGCUCCUGCAUUGCAAUCUUUAAAUCUGAGCCAGUGCUCCUUUCUCACCUUCUCAAGUAUAGACUCUAUAGCCAAUUCUCUAGGAUCAACUCUGAGGGAAUUGUAUCUGGAUGAUUGCCUAAAAAUCGAUCCAGUGCAGAUGGUUCCUGCAAUGAAGAAGCUUCAACAUUUGGAAGUGCUGUCAUUAGCUGGGAUCGGAGAUAUUUGUGACAAGUUCAUCCAAGAAUUCCUGACAGCUGGGGGCCAUAAUCUGAAGGAACUCAUUUUAACCAAUUGUGUGAAAUUGACCAAUAAAUCCAUAAAAGCCAUCUCAGAAACUUGCUCUUCUCUGCGUGCUAUAGACCUUGUGAAUCUGUCAAAGCUAACGGAUUAUGCUUUAUGCUGUCUUUCAAGUGGUUGCCAGGCUCUUCAAAAGUUAAAGCUUUCCCGAAAUCUUUUCAGUGAUGAGGCUGUUGCUGCAUUUGUGGAGAUGUCAAGAGAGAAUUUAAAAGAACUUUCACUGAACAAUGUCAGGAAGGUUAGCCGCUGCACAGCAAUUUCGCUCGCCUGUUUUUCUAGGAAUUUGGUUAGUCUCGACCUAUCCUGGUGUCGAAAACUGACCAACGAAGCACUAGGCUUGAUUGUUGAUAAUUGCCCAUCUUUAAGAGUGCUCAAACUCUUUGGAUGUUCUCAGGUAACAGAUGUAUUUCUCGACGGACACUCGAAUCCAAAUGUAGAGAUUAUUGGACUGAAGCUGUCUCCAGUUUGGCAUGUCAAGCAUCACAACCGUUACGAAGGUCCAAGUUAUUAUUCCUCUGUGCCAUCCUCAUGUUAAUUUUGAGGGAUUGGUUUUAGCUAGAAUCAUUUUGCUGCCCUUCAUAUUAAAAUACAAGAGUGAUCUGUGCAAGCGCCCUUUUUUUUUUUUUUUUUUUUUUUUUUUUUUUUGGUUCAAGACCUCAAUUAGCUUCCUACAAAACACUUGUGUAUGAACUGUAAAUGCUAGUCAUCUUUUUUGUAGAAACAUUGUAUAUAGGCAUUACACAAGAAUGGAAGAAUUGACUUUUACUUUUACACAUCAAA